AUGAGGUUAUUUAAGGUGGUAUUUUACACCAAGGAUUCAUUUGUAAAGGACGAAAGGUUAAGAUAUGAUGGUGGGGAUGUUUAUGCUUUAAGCGAGCAAGACUCAGAUUUUUGGUCCUUCUUUGAAGCUUGUGACUUGAUUAAGGGGAUGGACUCAUCCUUUAACAUUGAUGAUGUGAAAUUAUGGUGGAAGCAUGAAGAGGAUUGUCUUGAAAAUAAUCUAAAACCAUUUUUUAAUGAUGAGGAUGAAACAAUGUUAGCUAUGUUUGUUGAGAAGAAUAACUAUGAUGUAGAGAUAUAUACAGAGCCAAAAUUAUCAAGGGGUGAGGAAACUUAUAUGAAAAUUUUAGUAGAGAAAUAA